ACCGAACAAGAGGACUCGACUCAACCAUUGUGAUUGGUCAGUAGGAUUGGUCAGUGUGAUUCACUGGUGAGUGCUUUGGUCAACUAACAACAGGCCCAGUAAUUAUAGCCUGCAAACUUGUUUUUAGACUUGAGAGUACACACUGACUGGCUGAGAAGUUCCGGGGAUGCUGUAGUUGUGUGAGGAGCCAAAGUUGCUGCGAUGAGUAGAGAGCACUGUUAAAGUUUUACAAGGUUAAGGAAGCCCAGUUACACAUUGUCGACAGACAACAACAGGAGUGAAAGACUUACAGGACACAACGUUCAGUUACACACUGUCACCAGACAGCAACUGGAGUAAAAGACUUACAGGACACAACACUCAGUUACACACUGUUACCAGACAGCGACAAUAUCACCUGGAUUUACCUAUGUGAUCUGAAGUGAUAUGCCUGGCAGAAAUAGUUUUCUUAAUUAGCAGAUUUGAUGAACUGAGUUUCCAAAAAGCCAAAAUGGAAGAAAACUGGUUAUCUGACCUUGACCUUGACCUCAACACCACAAUUAUGUUUGACCUUAACAGGUCAGAGGAGAGUGGGGCUGAAUACAACUGUGACACAGAAUCAUCAAUAACAUUUCAGUUCUACACGUGGGGAGUGUUGGCGAACAUCAUAACAGUGUAUGGCAUUGUGGGUAACGUAUUGUCCAUACUGGUCUUACGACACCGUAUGAUGCAAAGCUCGACGUCUAUUUAUUUGAUUUCGCUGGCAGUUUAUGACACAGGAGUGUUACUGUCCAUGUGUCUGUUUCUGGCCCUGCCCACCCUUUACCUAGAGAAGGGUCUCCUGGAGGAUUACUACUACGCCUACAAGUACAUGCAUCCAUUCUGUUACCCUAUUGCACUUGUCGCCCAGACCGGCACCAUCUACACCACCCUAGCGUUUACUGUGGAGCGCUACAUCGCUGUAUGUCAUCCUCUGAAGGCGGCCAACACCUGCACCAGGUCACGUACAAAGCGUGUCAUUGUGCUGAUAUUCUUGUGCUGUGUCAUAUACAACAUCCCAAGGUUCCUUGAGUCGGAGACUAUAGAGGUCUGGAACGAGUAUUACAAUCGCACUGAGCCACAAAUCCAACAGACAGAGCUGGGAACAAGUAAAGCGUACAAAGAGGUUUACUUCAUCUACUUACAACUGUUUAUCAUGUUCUUAUUUCCAUUCUCAUUCUUGGCAGUACUCAACAUGCAACUGAUCCGCGCAGUCAAAGUUGCUCAAUUUACUCGUCGUCAGAUGAGCGUAGGCAGCUCAAAAACGCCCAAAGCUCCAACAAAGGAACCCAAUCUCACAAUUAUGUUGAUUGCAGUUGUCAUGGUGUUCCUCGUGUGCCAGUUACCCUCGGUGAUUGACAACAUCCUCUGGACUAUUUUUGAUGCAGAAAUAUUGAACUGUUCCCUUCACUACAUCAGAUUCACAACUUUGAGCAAUCUCAUGGUCGUGAUUAACUCGGCUAUCAAUUUCGUAAUUUACUGCUUGUUUGGCAAACGUUUUCGUCAAGUUUUUGUGAAAAUGUUUAUACCAUGCAAAAAGCGCAAGAACCAGUAUAAAUAUGUUAUGUAUGAAAGUACGAUGAACAGUCGCGUAGGUGGUGUGCAGAAACCCAACGGAAAUGGCAAAAUGUAUGACACAGAAAGCACAUUUUUGUGAUGGUGUGCUGCUUUGCUCAUUCUGUUUCAAUAUCUCUGUAAGAUAUCAUUCAGUUACUAAGUUAAAAGUGCUCUUGGUCUAAGUCAAGAUCCUCCUCCUACAGUCAUGCAUAUUUAUUAGCCGUGUUUAAUUUUGUUUUUAUGUCUACAUAUCCAAACAAUAAACAAA